UGGGUUUGAUCCUCGGAACUGCACAAACAGCUAGUCAGAAGGCCAACAUCUGUUUUAGCUACACAAGAUUGAGGCUAGCUUGGGUAUCAUGAGACCCUGCUUUACAUUUUUAAGAAAUUGUUAGGCGUCUCAUGUGGAGAGUGACUAAUUUAAACCACUUACUUGCUGAUGUGUGUGGGGGUUAAGUUCAGCCUAGGACUGGAGGGGAAUAACACACCUGUCCAGAAAUCAUUCAACCUGGGGAUUAUUGUACCAAACAGAGAAGUCAGAGGGAACUCAAGAGGAAAUGAGAAUAUGAGCAUCACACACAGGGAUUGCCCCCAAAAAUUGUGCCUAAAUUUCCCAGCUGGUCUGGAAAAUCUGGUUUGCAGGGCAGGCACACCGGAAGCUGCACGACUCACGGCGCUGGGCCACCAGGGGGCGCCAGGCAAGCGGCGACCAGAGCAGCGCGAUGGCUGCGGCACGGUUACUGCUGCGCCUGGCCGGACGCCUAGAGUCAGUGAACUUCACGCAGAGUGUGUGUGGCCUCCUGGGCGCCGGACAGGGCCCCGGGCCGUGGCGCACGCUCUGCAGCUUGGAGCGAGGACAGCUUGUCCUUUCCAGCCAUUCAUUCCCCGGCGCCUCGGAGAGACUUCCAAUCCAGAGACCCCCUUUCUGCCCUUUUGUGGCUCUGGACCAGAAGCCUGGGGGCUCCAGGACCGAGCUGCCCACAGAUAGAGGUGUGGAUGUGGGUGUGGCCGUUAUUCUUCAGUCCAGUGACCAGACUGUCUUGUUGACCCGAAGGACAUGCACUCUCCGCAUUUUCCCCAACGUCUGGGUCCCUCCAGGUGGCCACAUGGAACUUGAGGAGGAGGUCCUGGAGUGUGGCCUUCGAGAGCUGCAGGAAGAGUGUGGGCUUCAGCUGCCCCUGGCCCAGGUCUCUUGUGUCCUCCUGGGGUUGUGGGAGUCUGCCUACCCUCCUAGGCUGAGCUGGGGUUUCCCCAAAUACCAUCACCUCAUUCUCUAUGUUCUCGUGAUCUCCCGGGAGUCACAGCAGCUGCUCCAGGCCCGGAUCCAAAUAAAUCCAAAGGGUGCCUUCAUGUGGCUGGGGCCAGAUGUAGCGACAGCUGUGGCCGCCACAGAAGAUGGCACUGAGACCCCCAGACUUCUCCAGACCCUACCAUCCUCUCUCUGUGCAACCGAACUGAAGGACGAUGGAGGAACCCAGCCUCUGGUCCUGCCCAUGUCCACACUCCUGCGGACAACCCCGACCUCAGUGGAGGACAAAGAGCGGGUCAGCGCUGGAACCAAGUUUGCUCUCAGGCUCUGGCUGCAACAUCUGGGCAGCUGAAGGUAAGGAAUGACUUGAGGGCCCCACAGCACUGGCCUGGGGUGGUCUAGUGCUUACUGACCCCGAGCGCUUGCUGUGAACGCCUCUGCUCCCUGCAGGUAAAAGUGUUUACAUGGAGCCGGACCAGCAGAGGAAGGAUUGGGGGUCUGUGAGAUGCUGGAUCUACACGCUUCCGCUGUAAAAACCUGAGACCCGAGUUCAGUGCCUAGAAUCUCCUUCUGGUGGCAGGAGGGCUCCUACUCCAAAAAG